CUAGGGUACAUUAUUUUUUUCCACUGAAGCGCGCAUUCACUCCGACAUCAUCCUUCCACACGGACUCGCACUCUCUCGCACUCAAAAUCAUUCACGUACAUGCAGCAUUGGCACACACACACACACACACACACACUUGCAUGGACUAUUUUAAAAACUGUUUGGAUUCGGAGCAUUUGUUUCCACUGAAUCGUACACGUCUGCCCGCGGCAGGAGAACGGCAAAGGCUCGGCGACCGACCACAUAGACUCUGUGCAGUCCACCUUGAAAAGAAGGGUCGGCGGUCCUCGGGCUAUUCGGGGUGUCUCAGCUUCUCAGGGUAAACCCUCUUUGGGGAAAUCCCUUCGCCUAUUUUUUUUUUUUGAGCGCCUCCGUCACUGGUUUGUGGGUGUUUUUAUUUUCUUGAGACCGAGGACCGGGGACGGAUGUGUUCUUUGGGUUAAAGACAGAACCGGGAGGCUCGCUCCAGGAAGUGGCUGCAAGAAGACUUUUGGAAAGGAGUCCCAACAGCAUGGUGCAGAGCAGAGGGUGGCGCUUUCACAGAAACACCAAGCCCAAACUGAGCAUCGAAUCCAUCUCCCGAGAGCAGCCCCAGGAGAUUUCUCACCCUUGCCGCUACGACCAGAGUCAGGAAAUGUCCGAUUAACUGGGGAUUUAAACAGACAGCAACACGAUGAGCUACAAGGUUGGACGAGUUCUUCCAGCGCGCAGAAGGAGCGCUUGUCUCCGGCCCUGGGUGCAAGGAAGCCGGGUUGGGAGGCGGCCAGCAAGCGACAGGUGCAAGCAAGUGAGUGAAGACAUUCAUCUGAUUGCUCGAAGAGGUCUGGCUGAUUCACCCUCAAAACCCUUGAGGAGAUGGAAGGCUACUUCCUGGACCCUGGCCAUCAUUCUGUCCAUGGUUGUUAGUACAAUCGCUUCUUCCCAAGAGGAGAACAGGCUUCCAGAAUAUCAUCCGCGCUCCAGAAAGAUACUAGUCCAGGACAAGAGUAGCACUUCAAUGGAGAGCCAAGCAACGCCCAAGAGUAAGACUGAAGAGAAAAGGGAAUUGCCAACACAAUCAGUCUGGGCUGCUGAUUACAAUGUGACUUCAACCUCAGUCAGAGCUGGAGGACAUGUCGAGGAUCUGCAAAACCGACAUCAACGUUCGCCGGGGAGUUCACACCAAGGCACGCGCAGAAACAGAGCGAGAGAGUCCAGCAGAGUGAACAGAGGAUGUCAGAUUAACAGCCAGACAGUCAAAGUUGGAAACCUGGGGCUUGGGUACGAAUCAGAAGAGAUUGUACUCUUCAAGUACUGCAGUGGAAGUUGCGCACGCUCACGGACAAACUACGACCUCACACUGUCCAAUCUGCUCAAAAGUAAAGAGAUCCGUUUAAAUAAAAGCGAGAAGCCACCCCGCAGCCCGUGCUGUCGACCGAGCAAGUAUGAUGAUGUAACCUUUCUGGAUGUGAAAAACCAGUGGCACACACUCAUGAACUUUUCUGCAGUUGAAUGCAAGUGUUUAGGAUGAUGGAUAAUAUCGAAAAGGAAUACAGUAGUUUUUUGAGGUAAAGGAACAAUGUGCCAGAAAAGGCACCAGGGCUGAAUAACACUACCUUGACAAUAACAAGACGGUGUCUAUAUUUGGGCAUUAAGAGGGAUGGGGAUAGGUGUGGGAUCUGCACUUCACUUUGAAUGAAACAACAGGAUUAAUUUGAUUUGAAUCAAAUGUACCAAAAAAACACUUAGCUCGUGCCACUAUUUCUGAAGCUGCUUAAUCAUCCAGAAGUAAUCUGAUAUUGAAUUCAUUUUUCAGGCAGAUAUUUGGGGGCUUUCAGCAGUUUGGGAGUACGUGACACAGUUCCGAUGAAAACGUUGCCAAAAGUUCUCCUCAAUAGGAUGACAGGAAUGGACCCUUGAUUAUUUUUGUUGUUGCAAGGAAUGUGAAAUAUGGUAAUUGUCUGGAGUUAAAUCAACGUAAGCAUUUUUUUGUUGGUCGAAGGACAUGCAACAUUUCAAAACCAAACAUAUCUAUGUUGAGCUUUCCAAAGGGAUUAUGCAAAGACGCAUUAAUGACUUGUGGAAGUUGUAAAGUGUUUCUCAAGAAGCAAAACAGAAUUAUCCUCAAGGAAAGGAUAUUUUUAUAACAAAUAUCUUAUAGUCAAAAACGCUGAUAAAGUAAUCCCGAAGGUGGAGCUGGGGAAAUGGCACUCAACUUUACCUGCAAUGUACAAAAUGACUUUAGCAAAAUGAACGCCCAAAACUUUGCUUAAUGGAAAGCAUCAAGUGUUCUAAAAGGCAAAAGCACAGUUACCUUGAUAAAUUUGAGCUAACUUCUAAAGGAAUGACUCUGUGGAAUUCUCAAGGUUCUUACUGAGGAAAUCGUGUGAAAUUGUAAAAUAAAGCAUAGGGAGUUUAUAGAAAGGAACGAAUGAUACUAUUUCAAAGGAACAGAAAAUGUUCCUGAACACUGAUUUCAUCACCGCAUCCCCCAACACUCUACUUUUAUUGUGCAUCUUGGAUUCAGCUCCAGUGUACUCAUCUGUAGCCAGUAAUACUCCUGUUAACAAGAGUAGAUAUGCAUAUGUACAUCCUUAUAUAUUUACACGACAUACAAAACUUACCAAAGCUCCCUGGAUAUUGGUUUAUUUAGUUUCUUUGUCCUCUCCAAGUGGCUGGAGAGCUGCUACUUUCCCCAAAAGAAUGUCCAAAGACCAGAGUGUGCUGGGAUUGUCCUCUGUCAAACCAUUAGUUCAUAAUUCAUCCAGGCUCAUUUUAUUCAGGGACCAUAUAGUGGGAUGAAUGUGAUGUGGAACUCCGCACUGUUUGCAUCUCAUGCGUUGUUUGGCUGGAGAGAUGCAACUUAAUGCAAUAGUACAUUAAUAAUCAUUCACCUGGCAUGAUAUUAACCACAUUGCUGCUUUUCAAUACAAUGCUAGUUCAAAAAAAGGCAAUGGUAAAUCAAUUACAAGGCGUGCAAUACACAAUUGAAUCAAAAAUGGAGUCAAUUCUCAUUUCCAAACAAAAUAUUUUUUUACCAGGACUAUUUCACUUUCAACGUGUUAUUUUGUGCUCAUGAGUACACUCUAAUUAUUUAGAGAAAAUAGUACUGAUAUGGAUUGCUUCAUCAAAUGAACAGAUAGGAAAAGAUAUAAGAUAAUAUUGUUAUCAGAUAUUAUUAUACUGAUUAGUGUUUUGGGGAUUGCAGUGGGCCUAAAUCUGACGUGGUAUGUCUGAAUCUUCAAUUAAUGAUAAUUCUAACAACAGUUCCUAAUGAUAAAUUUCAAAUUUACUUUCAAGUCUGUUUAGCCUGAAAUGUAAAAGGCAGAGGAUUCAUUUACUUAAGGGGUUUAAGCUAUGUUAUUAAUUAUUAAUGCUUAUCAUCUGGUUAAGAAGGUUGCUAAAAGUUUCAAGUGUAUUUGUUAGAGUUUCUAGCAUUCAUAAUUCUUGCUUCUGUUAAUGAGCCAUGGUGAAUGUUGUCCACUUGGAAACAGGGCCAUUUCAGGAACAUAUUAAUGGGACAAACAGGAUGCUGUUAAAUUGAGAAGCUCUUCCAUUUCAAUAUUUGCUCAACUCACCCUGAACCUUUUGACCUAUCUCCAAUUCUUCGCCAUGCUCCUUUAAAGUGAACUCCAAAUGUUCAUCCGCUGGCCUAUUUAUUCCUACCGUUCAACUAACGUAUACAAAUGAGAUUUCUCACAGUAUAUUAUACUCUCAGAGUCUUCCUUUUGUAUUACUUUUUUGCUGAAAUUCAUAUCUCUUGAGUCUCUUGCCUAGAUCUUGUUUUCCACAAUAUGGACUGCGUCCACACAUUCAAGAUUUAUUUCUGUUUAAACCUACAUUUAAUUCAACUCUCCUGCAAGACACCAGCAGAUUACAAUCUGAACCUUGAAACUAAUAGUAAUGUUGCAGCAUCAUGCUGAAUGUUAUAAUUCAUGGCAGUAUGAUUUAUAUCAUUCAGACCCAUUAAUUAUCACAUAUUACACCACUCUUUUCGAUUACCAUUCACAGGAGUGCAGAAUAUAUCACCAAAAAAAUAAAGUUAGGGUAUUUCCACCCCCACCCCCACCCCCACCAUUAUAUUAAGACAGUUGGUGGAUCUUUUUUUAUGGGAGAAUAAUGCACUGUUUCCUGACUUUUUAUGAUCAAAAAUCUAAGUCAGUCUCCAGCUUUCAAUGGCUUACAUCCAAGAGAGUUGUUUUUCAAAAAGAGCAAAGUCUCUGAGUGUCAAUGAAAAGAACAUGUUUCAAAUAGCCAGCAUUUCUUCAUCGGAUAGAACAUAAACAGUGGUAAUUGCUGUUAAAUAUAGACCGUCUAUACAAUAUUCUACUUCGUUCUUGAGUAUGCAGAUUACAGUAAAGUAAAUGUCUGAAUACAGCACCCUGUGCACAUUUGUGUACAUCAGUCCUCUGACCUCGCUCUUUUAAACGGGGCGACUUAUGUAUGAAAUUAAACCUUCUCCUUGUGAUCCAGCUGGAUUAUAGUCAAGUAAUUCGAGGCAGCCUGUCAGCUGGAUCAUUUUCCUCUAAGAGUCAAAUAGUUUCAGGAGUCACUGAAAUAUAUAUGUAGUACAGUAACAGGUCCUUCAGUCUACCAUGAAUGCACUGACAAUCAGCCACCCAUUUAUACUAAUCCUAAAUUAGUACCAAUUUCUAUAUUCCUUUGACAUUCCUGUCCGCUCUCCCUGGAUUCUACCAGCAGGGACAACUUAUAGUGCUCAAUUCACCUGUUAAUCUUUGGACGUGGGAGGAAAUCAGAGCACCUGGCGGUAACCCAUAUGUCCAUUGUGUGAAUGUGUAAACACCACAGACCACACCCAGGAUUGAACCUGAGUUUCCGGAGCUGUGAGGCAAUAGCUCGACCCUGUGUAUCGCCCUGUGAGAGUUAUAUGAUAUUCUCUUAGUUUUUAUAACUGACUAGAAGCCAGUGACUUUUUCUCUCCAGGAAGCCUUGUCAUUGCUCGUUAGUGGAAAACAAAUCCUGUGAAAAAGAAGUCCCCUAAUUCUUUCCCUCUGUUAAUUCCAAAUUAGGAAGCGUUGGCUUCCUGUCCUCCUUGGAUAUAACUUCAGUCACAAAAUACAUUUCUCUGACAAUGCAGUGUGCAGCCCAGAUCUCAAAAACAAGCACUGCAUGUAUGGUACUGAAGAUUGCAAUAAUUAGUCAUAGGUUCAAUCCUUUCUUAUCAUAUCUCUUAGCUGUUAAUAGCUGUUAAUACAACAAUUCCAAAUCUUCUUCCCCUGCUUCCCCUUUGGUUAGAGGUUCCCAGGAGUAAAUAGGUAUAUUAUUAUUUUUCCAGGAAGCUUUGAGCAGAUUCUUGAAUAUUUUCUCUUAUCAGACUGGUAAUCACUUCCCUGACCAAGCUCAAAACAGACACUAUUCGUGGAGUCUGAUGCUAGGCAUGAAAAUGAUUCUGAGUGUAGUCAGGGCCUCGGUGCUGUGAAAGGGAUUUGACAUUGGUUCACCUAAGCUUUUGGAUUUUGCCAUGUUUCGGGAGCAAUCAGAAGCACCCAUGUCAUAGCCGAAAAGAAGCGCACUACAUCACAAACAACCCGUUCCCCCAGUGCAUUAGACACUUCCUGCCCCAUCUGUGGACAAAUCUGGCCCCACCACACACUUUCAGAACCUCCAAAAAAUAGAGUGGAAACAAGCCAUCCUCAAUUCUGAGAUUCUGUCUGAGAAGAAUAAACAUCAGACCAAUGCAAACUUUAUCUACAAGGCUCUUUGAUCAUUUGGCAUCAACAGUUUUGAUCAUCAACAGUUUUGUAAUCUUGCUGACCUUGAUGGAACUUUGAUGGAAUAAAGUUGUCAUUCAGUCAGAGCUAAGUCCAAAACAAAUAUAUGUUUUUCAGGUGGACUGUGGAAUCUUUGGCUCAGAAAAAUCAUCUUUGGUUGAUAGUGCUGAACAUUGCUAUAUUGUCAUCUAAUCCUGUGAGCCCUCAUGAUUUUUGGUACCAUUGAGUUCAGCAGAACUGAAUACAGUCAGAAGGUGAAUACAAUCCUAUAGUUACAGGUUUAAGCAACUAAUGACAAACCUCUACCCCACACAAUUUAUCCAUUUUGUGGGCUAUAUGGAACAGUGCAGAUGAAUUUUUUGUAAGAUUUUAUUUAGUAAAAUAGCCACAUUGGACAAUUUUAAUGGUUUGCCAAGCAUUAUUAGUUUCUUUUGUGCACAUCAAUCCUUUAUAUUCACUCAUGAAUAUCAGCUCUGUUUUUUAUUUGGCAUUAUUGUGGCAUGCUUCCAAGGAACAAGGAGAGUAAAUGAAUAAAAAAAAACAUGGGGAAAAAAGAACUUGCAUUAUUACAGUAAUCAAUACAGUAAAGCAUUCCAGGGCACUUCACAGUAAUGUUAUCAAACUAAAAGAUAUUGGGAGAUAACCAAAACUUUGGUCAAAGUGGAGACAUUUUAAGGAGUGGCUUAAAGAAGGAACGGGAAGAUAAGAGGAGGAAAAUCCAGACCUUGUGGCUUAGACUGGCAGCAGUGAAGUGAUUAAAAUGGAUGCUCUUCAUAUUUUGACUCGUUUAUAUUCCACAUAAAUGCCUUGGACUCAGAUUUUUUCGCAUUCAUGACUAUGAUGUUUUAUGUUAUCAAGUUUCAAGUUCUUUUUCUGUCAUAUAAAUUUGACUUACGGCAUAGACAAAAAGGAAAUGCCAUGCAAAGCUUUUAUGUAGUAUGAAAUGGUAAAAAAAAACACAAACUUUUUUUUAUAGUGCCUUAUACCCACAUUAUAUCACAUGUUAUGAAUUAGUUGUGGUGUGUAAUGAUGUUAAUUGUGGCAACUACUUACAAUACAGCCAGUCUCCACAAACAACAAAUCAGGUAAAGAUUCUCACAACAGAUAUACAUUUCACAGAGUUGAGCUGUCACAAUUAUUCCACCCCAUGCCUCUGCCUCAUUAAAAUGAACCUUUCCAAAACAAAACAAACCACAUAUGGAAUGAGAAAGAGCAGAUGGGUUUGACAUUAAAUAUCUCUGCUUUUUAAAAGAAGCAAGUGGAGGUUCAAGAGAUAAAGAGAUUUGCUGAUAGGUUAAAAAGACCAAAGAUCAAAGAAUAAUUGAAAAAUACAGACUCCGAAAAAACUGAUGUGUGUCUCACUAACUUGACUGAGCAGCAAGGCAGCUUGCUCAAUGUUUUUGGUAACAUUGAUAGGAAAUCUUAAUGGCAAAAAAAAAAAACCCAAGUGUUGAAUUCACCCGGAGCUAGAUGCAAAGGAAUGAGGGAAAUCUGAUCUACAAUCCUGGGGUGUAAACUAACUUUGUGGUGCAGGGAAGAUUGCAAAAAAUGGCCAUCACAUCAAAUCAUGAAAAAGACUUUAGGAAAGAUGUGUAAUAUGGCUGCUCUGUUACGGACCCUCUCGAGCUGUUGCCAAAGUUGCAUUCCAUCCCAAUGACUUAAUACUGACCAUAUUAGUUACAUGGGUGCUAUUGUUCUCACAAUUUAGUGAUGUGAUAUUUACCAAAGGGAAUUCUCAUUACUGGUCCACUUGAAAAUGUGACUGCAUGUUUUGUUCUUUACUUAUUUGAUUUCUCACUUCUGGCUCUGGAGAUGCACCUGUUUCAUGGCCUAUGUUACUAUUGGUUAGUAGCUGGCAGUUGUACAAAAGAAUACGUGUCUCAGCUUUAGAUAUACCUCUCUUUCUCUCUCUCAUAUUUUCCACACUGACACAUUUUACUGGCUGUUAUAUCGCAGUCCCAUGGUGACAAAUCUGGGAAUCUUAGACAUGAUGGACUUUGAACCAAUAGUGGAGGAGGAUAAAAGUCUUACCCCACAAGGGACCACAACAUCACAAUAUCAACUCUGUUUCCACCCUCCAUAAAUAGAAGCUCAUGCCACUGUUGUAGCGUGAAAAUGUACAAGAUAAAAUACUUACAGGCAUUUCCACAUUCGCAGAGUUCAAUACUAUUUUGGGCAAAAUUUAAGCAAAUUUAUACCCAAUAUUUGAUCUUGAUCUUUGCCUAUUUGAUGGGAAUAUGUACAGGUGAAACAGGUUAACAGUAGAAUCCAAAACUCAAACUCUUAUCAUCUCUAUAGUCUUUCAGCUAUGGUAUUUGUCAGUUCACUCUCAACAGAAGGGGAUUGGUUUUAUCAAGGCUCCAUUGAAGUGAAUGGCCUGUGAGCAACACUAAUCCAAAGGACCACCAGUAAAUUCACUCACAUGAACAAACCGUUCUGAUAGAUGUCUUGAGCGCAAGCCAGCCAUGUUGGAUGCUAUGCAUCUCUAUGCAUUAAAGAAACUUAUUAGGCAAAAUAUUUAUUAUAGUUAAGUUAUUUAUUUAUUUUUUAUCAACCUCAUCCUUUUCAGAUAUAAGAUCCUAUUUAUUUGAAGUGAAAUAUGGGGCCAUGUCUCUGACAGCUUUUUAAAAAAAUAAUGUAAUUUAAUCUCAACCAUACAGAAUGUCAACACUAAACCUCUGUAAAUCAAAGAGCUUUUCCAAAGCAGUAUUUUAAGAUAUUUCAAAUAAAUUUUGUGAUACUA